AGGCUGGGAGCACAGGCUGCAUUGUGCUCGGAAUUCUCUCUCUUUGAGGGAAAGGCACAGCCUGGACCAACCAUGCCUGCGUCUCUCCCACCCCCAGUUAUCCCACAGCUUUGUUCCCACGUUAGAGCUGCAAAGAGGAAGCAGUGAGCUAGACCAAAGGCAUUGCUGUCACUUAGUCACUUUGGCCAUAAACCUCCUCCUUCCAGACUUUUGUGGAAAGCUACCCUGCGAAGCCCAGGAGCACAGGAAAGCUGGCGGGAACAGAGAGCUUUGAGCAGAGUUUGCUGAAGUCAGGAGGGCUGUGAAGUCUGUGCUAAGAUGAUGGAUCCUGCACUAAUCUGCCUGGUAUCACUGCCUCCUGUACAGUGCUUUCACAAUGCAGACACAGAGCAGCUCCUGUGGUGGGCAUGGGAGCCAACCAUGCAAGAAAUGAAAAGCAAAGACUGUACAGUGUGUUACUGAAUACAAAUGCAGCAUGGAUGUUAGCAACACAAAACUAAAUCAGUCUGGCAAGAGGAAAGCCAGCCCUGGACUUGCAUCAGCGGCGCUGGUCUGUGGGUUCCAAGUGUGGCAUCACUGCAGAGCCGGUUGGACGAGGCUCCCUGACCUCCUCUACUUGGCAGGCUUUCCUCUGCAUUUUUGGGUGAGAGACAAACUAAACUGCCCUCCCCAUCCCUCCAACUGGUCCCAGUACAUCCCGGUGCAGGUGUGCUGGCGGGCAGGGCGAGGAGAGAUUUCAUCACUCCAGCAUAUCCAGCACAUAGGGGGCUAUGAAACCUUCAAUUCGCAAUAUCCUGAGUGCUGCGUGGAUGGGAAGCUCAUUUCCCUGGAGAGGAGUGACGUGGAGAGGAACCUCAUCAGCCACUGUGAGAAGCAGAGUGCCAACCACAAGCCUGCCUAUGACCAGGGUGGCCCGGUGGAAAUCUUGCCUUUUCUCUACCUUGGUAGUGCCUAUCAUGCUUCCAAGUGCGAGUUCCUCGCCAACCUGCACAUCACGGCCCUGCUCAAUGUCUCCAGGAAGAGCUCUGAGUCCUUUCAAGACCAGUACUGCUACAAGUGGAUCCCUGUGGAGGACAGCCACACAGCAGACAUCAGCUCGCACUUCCAGGAGGCCAUUGACUUCAUUGAUUAUGUCAGACGAGCAGGGGGCAAGAUCCUGGUGCACUGCGAAGCGGGGAUUUCGCGCUCUCCCACCAUCUGCAUGGCGUACCUCAUGAAGACAAAGAAGCUGCGCCUGGAGGAGGCCUUUGACUACAUCAAGCAGCGCCGGAGCCUCAUCUCACCAAACUUUGGUUUCAUGGGACAGUUGCUACAAUAUGAGUCAGAGAUCCUGUCUUCCACCCCCAGCCCUCCCGUUGCCUCGUGCAAAACAGAAGCCGCCUCUUUCUUUGCAGAAGAACUGACGUUAGGCAAAAAUUUUGAAGGCUCGUGUUUCGCCUUCCCUACCUCAGUGCUGAGUUCCGUGCCCAUCCACUCCCCUGUCCACUCGCUGAAGCUCAGCCCUAUGACGGCUUCUUCAUCCUGCUGAAUGCCCCGGAGCCCUCAGAGCCCAACUGUGACCCUAAUGAGAAUAUUUCAUGAACGUGCAAUAGAGAACCUCGCUGACUUAGUCUGAGGUGGUCCUCGUGGGUGAUACUUCCCAUACACUGACUGUGAGGCACAAGUGGCAGGUUUUCUGAACUUUUAAUGUUGUUUUGUGAGGUGGUUUUUUUGUUGUUGUUGUUGUUGUUGUUUUUUUAGAAGUACUUUUCUAGGUUUUUAUCCAGAGUGUGCAGCCACUACUGUAUUUCCAGAUUCCUGGGGAGCAAUGAGAAAUCCAUUUCAGGUGUUCUCAGUUCCCACUUUCUUCCCUUUUUUAUUUUUAAGAAGAACCUUAUUUAAAGUUUCAAGCAAUAAACAGCAGCAGUGGGGGGAAAAACAAAACGGGAAGCUCCUCUUGAGCCUGAAGAGAUGUGUUUCCCCAGCUUUGCUCCUCCCUUGUGCCCUGUUUCAGGGAGCAGAGUGCCAGGGCAGCAGGGCUCUCUGGCUGCCGUUGUGCAUCCAGGUGAAAAUCUGCUGUCCUGGGCUCUAUGGUGUCAGGUACUGACCUCAGUGUAACUGGAGACCAAAAGGACCGUGGAUCCCUUCAGGUGUGACAUUUCCUGUACUCCUGCACUUGCCUUUGUACUCAGCACGCUUUUAACUGAAGCCGAGGAACUCAAACUAUCAGGCUACCCUGCUGAGCUAUUAUAGUCCCAUCUGUUGUUUAAGAACGGCCCUAGAAUACUUGAAUGUCUCCACAACCCUCAAUCGAGUUACUUCCCAUCAGAUGACACUGUUACUGCUGGAUUUUACACCAAAAAAAUAAGAUGAGCUUGGCUUUUUGGUCUCUUCCCAAGCAUUUCUGAGAUGCGUUGUGUGUGGUAAAGUGGUCUUGUCCAGUGUUAUGUGGCUUGCUUUGUGCGUGGUCACCUCCAGCCAGCCUUCAUCUGUGAAAUCUGGAUUCACUGCAUUGAGUUUUUGUCUGCAGGGAGCUCGGAACAAGCUGCCCUCUUUGUCUGUUGACCUUUUUAUCCUUUUUUACAUGUAAUACAUAUGGGAAACGGCAAUAAUUUCCAGAAGAUCUCGUGAAUGUGAAAGAAAGUCUGCAACAGUUUUUAUGGAGUGUAAAAAAUAAUAAUGAUAAUAAUAAAAAAAAAAACAACUGU